UAUAAUUACACUAUACUAAACUAAUACUGUAGCGACACGUUUAAUAAACAGGACACGAAAUGAGCGCGUCUCCGAGUGUAAUGUAUUAUUAUAUGUACAAAUAUUGGGAGAUUCAGAAGGUGAGGGCUCUGUCUCAAAACGUACUUGCUGCCUACUUAGACAAGCAUUUGAAAAAUAAAAACCAUAACUGUGGAUUACGACGUCUAAAGUACCUAUGCACUGAAGUAGCGUUAGUCAGCUAGGUUUGGACACAGUCGUGACCUGUACCCAACUUCCGCUUUAACAGAUAAGUGGGUAACCUAGCUCUUUAUUUUACAGAUGUACAUACUAAGUACUUAUUAUAGUAAUUACAAUAACUAGGUACUAACUCUAAACCUCUGCUCCACCCCAUGUAGUACUUUAUAUGUAAGUAAAAUAAAGUGCAACUGAUAAGCAUAGCCUUUCUACUUUUACAUUAACUGCUAGGUUCAGAUCUCCUCAGAACACAAAACUAUCUCAUUUUAUCGCUAAACAUUAUUCUGUACACUUUAUGAAGUCAAAAAAUACCGUUUUUUUUAUUUACUGUCUAUACCCAUCUCUUUGGUGGAUAUGUGCUAAAAUAAUCAACUAAUAAAUAAAUGCUUAUUUUAUUUAAACUGUCAUUUUAGUUAUAAGUCAUAACGUAUAGAGUGUUUCUUUGGAAACAUCAACUAAUGUGUUCAACAUUUAUCUUUGCUAUGUUUUGUUCCGUGUCAGUGGAGAUGUAAUAUUUUGCAAAUAUGUGAAAGAUGUAGUUUAGGGAGUCUUUGGGAAACUAUAAAAGGUUCAGCAUUACUCGUAUUGUUUUAUUUUAUAGAUACUGUGAGGUAAAAGAUGUCCAGGCUUUCUUCCCGUAGCUCUCAACUGCUGUUUUCGGACCAAAAGUGUGCUAAAUGUCUGUUAGAGGUGUACGUCAAGCGCAGCCUUAGCCUGAAUGAAGGAUGCAAGAAACAUCAGCUAAAUAAGCUCAACAGGUUUAAACCGGGAAGGCAGUCCAAACGGGCAUCCAGUGACACCUCCACCCACCGUCUGAGAAAAGAGGGGCUCCUGAAGACCGUCGAGUGCCCCGAAUGCAGCAGACCCUUACUUCUUGUGAGGAGUAAGAGCCUCAAAGCACCGAGCAGAACCAAAUCAUUCUUCAGAGGCUUUCUCCAGCUCUUCUCUAAGAAGAAGACCGAGCCCAAAGAGAAAGUUGAACGAGUUACAGAAACCGACUCUGGACAGUGUAGACUACAACGGGGGCUUCGCUCGCCUCACAAAGGCUCACCUGGACACGGUGGGACCCUGAGGAAGAAUCACUCUCUGAGAAGGAUCUUCUGCAGCAGGCAGAACGACGAGAAAAGAGAGACGUUAGCAAAGGACUCCUCUCUUGUUCUUGGAGGUGCGGAGGGGCUCUCAGAUGUGAGCGUGGACUCCGAUAAUACGUACUUUGAGAAGGUGUCAGAAGAACUGGAGUUGAUUGUGAAGGAGAUUCAGUGCAGUUCACCAGAAGAUGCUCCGCUGCCCUCUGUUGCUUCUCUAGGAGACUGCAGCUCUUCAGGUGUCUCCUCAGGUGAUGACACUACAGAGCGGAUUAUCAGCCUGCUGAAGCAACACGGAGAUGCUAUCGAUCAAAGAAUAAACGUGAACAAGAGUGUCCAAGACUUCCUCCAGAAGCUGUCUUACAUCUCCUUCCAGCAGCUCGCCGACCGCUACAUAGCCCAGAUCCCCAGUCCUCUUCCUCAGACCACAGACGCCUCUGCCGAGCUGGUCAGGCUGGCCUUCACCCUGGACUUCACCGCUAAAGUGGCUGGACUGUGCAGCCAGGCGGUCGGCCGAAUCAUGGGGUUCGGUUACCAGUACCUUCAGGACUCCUUCACGCUAAAGUGCGCGGCCCACAGACAGUAGGUGCCUGAAGACUUGGAACAACAGAGUACAAGUGAAACAGACUGACUGUGAAGGGAAGAGGGGGGACUGUAAUAAUCCUAGCUGCUUUUGUGAAUACGCCAAAGUUAGUCACUUUUUACUGUAAAAUUUAUACAGUAACCGACUGUAAAAUAUACAACCCGAUAAGACUAAAACUGUGAAUUUUUUUUUUACACCAGAUUAGCAUAUUCUAAUGACUUCUGAAAGGUAAUAUGAUGAUUUUAAAAUGUAUUAAAAAAACUAUUAAAUUUGAAUACCAUUUCAAAAUA